CGCACUCUGUCUGAAUAACAAAAACUUGAUGUACAGGCAUCCUGUAAGACGACUUACGACACUUCCUUGUGGCAACUUAAGAAGGCUUACGAGACUCUGUUGCGACAAAUUAAGAAGACUUACGGGACUUCAUUGAAAUAAAUAAAGAAAACUUACGAGAAUUCAUUGCGACAAUUAAGAAGACUUGCGAGAUUUCAUUGUGACCACGGGGUUUAACUUAAUACGUGGACUAAUUUUAGAAGCGAAGCGACCGUAUCAUUGGCCUAAUAAAUUAAAUGGAUAUGUUUUUAAUAUUUAUGCUUUAAGAUAUUCAGGGGCUUCAAGUUAUACUGGACCGGAGGCCGGGAAAUUUGCCCUUUUGAUAACUUUCUAAAACCAUUUCAAAAUGUGAUUUUUGUAAAAUGAAGUUUCAAGCACGUUUCCUUAAAAUUUUAGGUACAGAUCUUUAGUAUUAAAAAAGAUUUACAGAGGUUAUCUAAUUGUUUCAGUGUAAGAUCAGAAUGUUUGAUGUUUACAGGUGAAAGAUAUUUCGAUCUUUCAUUGUCAAAACAAAUUUUCCUUUUAUUUUAUGUCACUUAUUUAACCAAGUUACACCAAAAUAAUAUAACAGUUGUAUGAAUUUUCAUAUUUCAAUGUUUUUCUCAUACAUGUCCAGUUCCAUUUCUAGAUCAAAACCUGGAUAUUAUGUAGGUAAUAAGCUUUUAAGAAGGUUCAUUGUACAUAGAGGUACAUUGUAUAGACAAAAGAAAGCUCCGAAGUAAAAUAUAGAUGGCACGUGAUUAAAUAAUUUUCAUACGAUGAUGAUAAUAUGCUUUCACUAGGGUGUAGCAUUAGUGAAUUAUUUCGUAAGGAAUAUCCGAUUCUCGGCGAUUAGAUAAAUUAAAAUAAGCAAAUUAUUAAUCCGUAAUGGAAGCCGACUGAACUACAGUUGGGAAAAGAAGCUCUAUGACGGUCUAAAUACCAAACAUACUUAAAGUUUAAACACUUUAGCAAUCAUUAGUCAAACUGAAAUCUAAAUUUAAGAAUUGGAAUUGAAUCGAAGUUGUGUUUAUUGAUAACAUGAAAAUGUAAUAAUAACUAGUUUAAUCGUUAGAGAUUAAACCCAUUUAUUUUCCACAUAGUCAACUACUAGCAGACAUAUUGUAUAAUACCGUAUAAUUCUAGUACCACUAGCAAGUCAGUUGUCUUUGAGUCUGCGAGCUAUUUUUAGCGCACUAUAUAAGCAGGAACUUUUCCAUUCUCGGGCCUUUUACGUUUGUGGAACUCAGAGAGAAGGUAGAGGACAUAUUAUUUCACGAUUAUCCUUAAAAAAUUAAUUUUCCUUAAUAAAAUAAUAAUUUAAAUAUAAUUUCAAUUUUAUUAUAUAUAAGACACCUAAUAAUCGCUGCUGUCUUGACAUGGAGGUUUAAAAAUUUAUUUCAAAUCAGUUUUACUACAAGUUUAAAUAUUUCCAUACGUCCGCCACGUGGUAGAUCUAUCCUCGCGCUAUUUAGAAUUAUGAUGAAUCCAAGUCAUGGGUGACAUUACAUAGAUAUACUAAUAAAUAAAUAAAUAAAUAAAAAGAUCUAGAUCUAAAUAAAUAUAUAAAUAAAUGCUAUUCGAAACGCGUAAUUUCUCAUCUGAACGUCUCUGCAUAAAUUAUGUCUAUUAGUCUUUGAAGUUAUAUUUCGAUAAUUUCAUUUACAUGUUACUGCCGUAUAACGAGAUGCCACCGAAACGUGCAAAGACGCAGGAAUUGGCAGACAUGGUCCGAACAAAGAGGUCUUGAACCAACAUGCAAACAUCUCCACCGCCAGAGCAGGGGGGGUCAGGUGCUGUAGACCUACAUCACAACAUGCCGCCACCACCACCGUCAGAACAAGAAUCGGGUGUUGUUAAUCCACCACAGCCAGGACAAGGAGAAUCAGGUCCCUGUAAUGUAUGGAUAUUGGGUUCAUCUUUAGUACGUGGUGCAUAUCAGAGGUUAUGUUACAGGCCUGACGGUAUAAAUCUAGGACUUUACAAAUCUAUAGGGGCGAAGUUAUUGUGGGAUUUCAUGGGCGGAAUGAGAAUACACCAUCUUGAACAGUCAGUAGGAUACAUUUUAGAGUUUAAUGAAACACCCGACUACUUAAUUAUACAUUGUGGAGGCAAUGACAUUGGCAGUAUGACAUCAGCCGCGAUAAUUGGCCAGCUAAGGUGCAUUUUGAACAAACUGCAUUUAAAGAUGCCUGAAACAAAAAUUAUAUGGUCCCAGAUCCUUCCUCGGCGUACAUGGAGGUACGUUGAGGUACAUCAAGCUGAAAGAGCAAGGAAACGAAUAAACAGUGCUAUAAGUACCUAUGUUAUUAGGCAUGGUGGCCAUUUAAUAAAAUAUCCAGAUAUAAAAGAUAAUCCACAAAUGUUUGACAAUGACGACACUCAUCUUUCACCAAUGGGCUAUGACAUCAUGUUGAACACAAUUUCAGGAGCAAUCUAUUAUUUCCAUACCACAAAACAGCCUGUUUUUCCUCCAUUGCAGUGACUAAUUGAUUCGUUCGUUUAGUAAUAAAGCUGUCUUAAUAAAAAUCUCACGUAUUAUCAAAUUGCUAACGACUGAUUAAUUGAAUUAUUGAUUGACUG